AAUACGAACGACGCCACUGGGGGCGGGCCAAAGAAGGGCGCAAGCGCCCUGAGUUGCGAGUCUCGGGACCCCUUUCGUAGAGACCAUGGCGCUCAACAAGAAUCAUUCGGAGGGCGGCGGAGUAAUCGUGAACAACACCGAGAGCAUCUUAAUGUCCUAUGAUCAUGUGGAACUUACAUUCAAUGAUAUGAAGAACGUCCCAGAAGCCUUCAAAGGGACCAAGAAAGGCACUGUCUACCUUACCCCUUACCGGGUCAUCUUCCUGUCCAAGGGGAAGGAUGUCAUGCAGUCCUUCAUGAUGCCGUUUUAUCUGAUGAAGGACUGUGAAAUCAAGCAGCCUGUGUUUGGUGCAAACUUCAUCAAGGGAACAGUGAAGGCUGAAGCAGGAGGUGGCUGGGAAGGGUCAGCUUCCUACAAGUUGACCUUCACAGCAGGGGGCGCCAUUGAGUUUGGACAGCGAAUGCUCCAGGUGGCAUCUCAAGCCUCCAGAGGUGAAGCCCCCAAUGGAGCCUAUGGGUACUCUUACAUGCCCAGCGGGGCCUAUGUCUUUCCCCCGCCAGUCGCCAAUGGAAUGUACCCCUGCCCUCCUGGCUACCCCUAUCCACCGCCCCCACCUGAGUUCUAUCCAGGACCUCCCAUGAUGGAUGGGGCCAUGGGGUAUGUGCAGCCUCCACCACCGCCCUAUCCUGGGCCCAUGGAACCUCCAGUCAGCGGCCCUGAUGUCCCCUCCACUCCUGCAGCUGAAGCCAAGGCCGCAGAAGCAGCUGCCAGCGCCUAUUACAACCCCGGCAACCCACACAAUGUCUACAUGCCUACGAACCAGCCUCCACCACCUCCCUACUACCCCCCAGAAGAUAAGAAGACACAGUAGACCCUCCCACCUCCCUGCUUCCCACCCAGUGCCCCUUCCUUCCCCUCCCUGGGGCUGAGGCUGGGGUUCAGGGAGGGGGGGGGGCUUGUUCUUCCUUCAGGUCUGAUUAUAAACAGUCACUAGAACUAGCACUGUGGGACAGAGGGACCCCUGGCCUCUGGACAGGCGCCACCUAGCUUCUUGUGCCAGCUCGGAGCCCAUGGCACUGCUCAGCGCACCUCCCUCGACUAACUCUGGGCUCUCCUUGGGAGCCCUGUUUUGCUCUUGUAGCUUCUCCCUACCAGGGACUCUCUGGCCACCUCCUCCACCUCAGUCCACCUCCCUUGGUCUGGUCCACUGCACUCAGCCUCAUGGCCCUAAGACCAGGCCCUGUCAGGCCUGCUCACGUUCCCUCUGCUGGCCUGUUCCUAGCGUGGAAGGGACUGUCCUGCGGACCAUCAGCCCACAUUCCGUUAGCCAGGCUCCAGCCCCACCCACACUCCUCCUCUCCUUUCUCUGCCCUUGGUCAUGCUGUUGCCACCUCUGUAUGACUUUUGAAGCUUGAGCUUCCAGGAGUUGGGUGGUGCUGGGGGCAAGGCCGCUGUGCCUGGGAAGGAAGCCCCUGUGUCCCUGCUAGUGUUUCUGGAAUUUGCUUUCCCUCUCCUCUCUCUACCCUCUAGAAGGGGCUUCUUGAAUGGAACUGGAGAAUGCACGUCUGUUCUAUCUUGCCAUUGGGGACUGCUGGGUGGACUGGGAACAAGGACUCUGACCCUGCUGCCAGCCCCUCAGCCUGCCCUCUUCCCUUUGAGCUUCAUGCCCCUUGGAUGCGCUAAAAUUUGCUCUUGUUUCUUCUUGGACUGGCCACAAAGUGAGGAGAUGGUUAUUUAAAGAGAAUUCCCUAUUUAUUUGACAAAAAAAAAAAUUUCGGUUAAUAUAUUAAUGUGAAAUAAACCCUGUUUGCACCUUGA